AUGUCUGAUCCAUUGUCAGUUGUCGGAAGUGUUGUGGGAAUCGUCUCGCUUGGUAUCCAAGUGACACAGACGCUUUACAACUACUACAAUGCUUUUUCAAACGCGGAGUCGGAUGUCGCACACAUUCUUACAAAGUUGGAAAGUCUUCUAGAGUUACUCGAUAGCUUACAUCGCCAGCUCAAGGACCGCAAAUUCCGCUCGAACGACCGUCAUCUCUUGGCGUUGGUUGAAAAACAUGUCCAGGAAUGCGAGGACUGCAUUGAAGAUCUCCGUGAUCAUGCAGAAAAGUUUGGGGAUCUACAGCCAAAAGACAAUCUGGCUAUUGCAAAAGCUCUCGGUCGACGGCUUGCUUGCCCAUUCCGGGAGAAGACAUUGAGAAGGCUUAGAGAGGAUGUCGCUGAGGUCUUCAGUCGCAUGUCUUCUGCAUCACAACAGCUGCAGCUGAACGACACCAGCAAUAUUCGGAAUGAAGUUGAGGAAAUCAAGACUUUGAUGGACCUAGUGAGGGCCAGCCAGGUUGAUAAUAAAGUCUUCGAAUGGUUGAAAGCCCCUGACGCUACGAUCGACUUCAAUGAAGCCUGUAAGAAAAAGCACCCCGGAACAGGCCUGUGGUUUGUCCAGGGCCCCGCGUACAAGUCGUGGCUCGAAAUACCGGGCUCGUUUCUCUGGCUGAGCGGCUUUGCUGGCUGCGGCAAAUCUGUCCUCUGCUCCACGGCUAUCCAGUACGCCUUUCGACACCGGAGGUCUAACCCACGAGUCGCCAUCGCAUUCUUUUUCUUUUCUUUCACCGAUGUCGGCAAGCAAAGUGUGUCGUCCAUGCUGCGCUCCUUGGUGCUACAGCUGUUUGGCCAACUCAAUGGCGGCUGCAACUAUGUAAUGCGAUUACGAGACACCUACCGCAACUCUACGCCACCAGACCAAGUCUUGAUUGAUUGUCUCCUCGAGCUUUCCAGAUUGUUUAAGGACACCUACAUCAUGAUAGAUGCUAUUGACGAAAGUCCGCGCGACGAACAUCGCGAGGCUGUUCUCGAAACGCUGCUUCUCCUACGCCACAAGCCAGGGCUACACCUCCUCGUGACAAGUCGAGAUGAGACCGAUAUUCGAGAAACGCUAAACCCAUCCUUGAAACAACAUGUCACGAUGAAAAACCUCUCGGUGGACGAGGAUAUCGCUCGCUACAUAUCAGAACAUCUUCGCAAGACCGCCCGCUUGUUGAAGUGGUCCAAAGAAUUUGCCCGCAUUGAGACCGCACUGACGAAGCGCGCAAACGGGGUAUUCAGAUGGGUUGAGUGCCAGUUCAAAGCACUUGCCAGCUGUCCCGUGAGCCCUCACAACUUGAGCAAGCUGCUCGAGUCUCUGCCCAAGACAUUGGAUGAAACCUACGAGCGAAUGCUCCUUGUACCGGAAGUCAUCGAGUGUGCGGCCAUUGAACUGGAUCCCGAGCCGGCAUUGAAUCCAGACCGUCGGCUUGAAAAUGCAAAGGCCAUUGAGGAAGCCUGCCCUGGUUUGGUGGAGAUCUACACGGCACCGUUCAAGACGUCGGAUUCGCGAACCUAUGUGAGAAUCGCUCACUUUUCUGUUCAGGAGUAUCUCGAGUCCGAACGGAUAUUGAACCAUAAGUCCGUGUCGCAAUUUCAUACCGGAGGCCACGGCGGUCAAGUCGAGAUGCUGAACAUCUGCCUGGCCGUUUUGAAUGCUGAACAUAAAAGGCUCUCGGAUUUCAUUAGCCUCAUACAUGAUGUCAGCGGGCCGCUGGAUGAAUACGCACAUUCACACUGGUACCUGCACUUUACAGAAGGCGAGGAGACGAUGGCGUUGAUAGAUCGAGUCCUGCGACUUUUCCAAGUCUCGCCGUCACUUCGCACCAUAGUAUUCGAACACCUUCGCUUCGAUCGCGGUUUCAAUCAAUUGGAUUUGGAAGAAGACAAUCUUGAACCGCUAGAAUUCGAUGUGGAUGAUUUCGGACGCCUGGAGCUUGCAGGAGGCACUCUAAUCGAGGACAAGACCUGUGUCUACUUGAUGACUAUGCUUGGGUUUCACUCAGUGCUAGCUCGGUUGCUUGCUAACGACAGAACCGACGUGGACAGACCUGUUGCAGGCAUGACCCCAUUGCAGCAGGCAUCCUCAGAUGGGCAUGACGAAAUAGUACGGCUUCUGCUGGAGCAUGGCGCUGGCAUCAACUUAUCUGGGAAGCACGGCAACGCGUUAUCAGCAGCGGCCAAGAAUCGUCAUAUGGGCACCGUCCAGCUCCUUGUGGACCACAACGCCGAUGACAAUGCAGGAGGAGAGAGGUUUGCCUCGGCUCUGUCUGCGGCGGCCUGGGGUGGAAAUACGGACAUUGUCCAGCAUCUCCUCGAUCAUGAUGCUGAUGUAAACGCCACUGGUAAAAGCCUGGCUUCAUCGCUAGUCAGCGCAGUGACAAAGGGUCACGCGGAUGUCGUUCAGCUUUUGCUAGACUCCGGCGCUGAUGUGACGGCACUGAACUCGGCUGGCUGUGCACUAAUGGCGGCUGCGCAGCAUAGUCGCAUAUUGAUUGCAAAGCUUCUCCUCGAACAAGGAGCCAACGUGCAGUGUCUACAUCGCGGUCUGGAGGACACAUAUCAUUUGAACCCGUUGGUCAUUGCGAGUGGCAAAGGAGAUUUGGAAGUCAUGAAGCUUUUGCUCGAACACGGUGCUGACCCCAAUGCCAUAAGAUAUCACCGACAUUCAAUCCGUCAAUCCAUGUUCAUAAGCACUCCACUGUUAUCUGCACUCGAACGCGGAAAUGUAGAGGCUGCGCGACUUCUCCUCGAGCACGGCGCCGAUCCCAACCUGAAAGCGCAAAGUCGUCCCCGGACGAGGACUGAUUCUCGGCCUCUCCUACAGGCGAUCAGAUGUGAACGCAACGAUACCGAAAUGGUAGAGCUUCUCCUAGACUACGGCGCCAAUCCGUACGAUAACGGCAGUCGCGGAAAGGAUGGGGCGCAGCGUCUGGCUCGUUACCUCUGCAAGAUGAAACUACGCCAAUUGAUUCAAGAACAUAUGACGAAGUAUUCGGAGGAAGAGUGCUUAGCAAAGUCUACCAAGAUGAACGGUAAUAAGGAAGGGAGCAUCGAUAGGACCUGCGAGUAG